GAAAUAGAAGAGAAGGAGAGAAAAGGAGAGAAUGAAAUUGCAUUCUUAAAUGCACAUUUAUGUUAAGGAACUAGUUGGAAAAUGGCGGGCUGCAUAUUUUCUUCCCCUAAAACUCCAUAGUUAAAAUAUCUUGACAAUUUUCGCACUAAAACUGAUUAGUUCUGUAAAUACGGAGAAGAGUGUUAACGGAAAUGUUUUAGCAUAUAAAAUAAGAGUGAAAAAGUUUAAAGAUUUCCGAAAUAUUUGAAUCAUUUAAUCUAUUAGAGUACACGAGAAAAAAAUAUAUAUUUAUAAAUAUAUUUAAGCAAUGUCACAGCCAUCAGUAACGGCUUAUUUUAAUACGCGUAAGCGACAAGCUAACGAAGAUUUACGCAAUAAAUCUAAAGUUUUAUUAUUGGAUCAAGAAUAUAUGAAAAUAAAUGAAGACAGUGAACUUCAAACGAGAAUCCAAACUUUUCAACCGUCCAAACUUCUACCUGAAGAACAAGAAGAAACUGUAGUAACGAGCUCAAAAAUGAUAUUGAUGCAAGGAACAAGCAAUUUUAAUAAUUCUACUUCUAAAGUAAAUUCUACUAUGUGCCAUACUCAAGUUGAUUCUAAGUUUUCUGCACAGAAGACAAGUAAAGUUAUUACUCGCUCACGUGUAACUCAAAUAUGUAAAUCAAGUCAGAAUGGUCAAAAAGAUAUUCGUGAGAGUUUCCUCAAGAUAAGUAAUGAUGAUGAAAUGAAAAACGGAAAUUUGAAAAUAAAAGGAAAAGUGAAAAAAGUAUUAUUUGAGAAAAAAGGUACUUUGAGUCCACAGAAGAAGCAACCUUCUACGCCAAAUAAAAAUGUAGCAGAGGAAAAACAGACUACAAUGAUUGAACAAAAUGAACCAACUGGUAUUGGAUGUACUACACCAAAAAUGAUGUCAAUUAGAGAUGAUUCUAUUAGAAAAAGUCUAGAUUUGAAUGAAAUCAAAAAUAGAAUUAACAGGUCUAGCAGACUAGCAGAAUUAAAAGCUUCUAUUGAUCGCAUUAAAAAAUGUGAACAACAUUUAAAUGUAUUUCAGAAACAAAAUGAUCUUAAUAAACCUCAAAUACAGAGGUUUGAACAAAUUGAACUUGAAAUUCCAGUCAGUCCUCAAAAGAACUUCAAAUCACCAAGUAAAACCUUAAUUAGUCCGAUAAAAAGUGAAGUCUUAGCUCAAACGAGUCCACAACGUCGUAUUUUAUUUGAACCUAAGAAAUCUACUAGUCCGAUAAAAAGUAAACCUGAUAAAACUCCAGCUUAUCAAAGAUAUUUAUCAUUUGCUGAAAGUAGUACACCAGGAUUAUCAUUACCAUAUAACUAUAGGUUCUUAGCAGAAAUUUUUAGAUGCAUUGAUACGGUUUCCGCUAUGCUGUUUAAUCGUAAAGAAUUAAUAACAUUUAAAAAAUUAAAGCCAGCUAUUCAAGAACUUUUACGACGCAACUUUACUUUAGAACAUUUGUCACAAAUAAAAACUGUUUAUCCUGAUGCUUAUAUUUUUCAUCAAGAGAAAGUUAGGUCAUUUGGUUCGAUAUCUAAACAAGAUAAAUAUGAAUUGAUUUUAACACCAAUUGUACAAGUAAAAGAUGGAUUAAAUGGAUCAAAUGAAGACAAUGUCUUACAGGCAGCAACAGAUGUAAGCAUGACUCCGGACAUAUUGCUACAAAGAAGAAGAAAAUUUUAUGAUGUUUUGUUAGAUAAAGUUAAAACAGAACAUGAGCAAUUUUUGCUAAAAUUAGACGAACCAAUAGUCGUUCUUAAAGAAAAAAUUAUACGUUGGCAUCCUGAGUUUGAUGUUGAAAGUUGCAAACCUAUUGAGCAAUCUGCAUUGCCACAACCACCUAAUAUAGAAAAGGCCACUUCUGCUAAACAUGUUUUAGAAAAAGCAAAGUCUUUAUUCACUUGUAAUACUCGAAUGGAAAAAGCUUUGCAAAGAUUAGCAGAAGCAAAAAUGGUGUCAAAAUCUAAAUCUCCAGAUAUAUCUUCUACAAAUGAACCUACUAACAGUACUAUAGACAAAGUUAAUAUUACUGUUAUUAAUACUCCACCAAUUAUACCAACUAUAGAAAGGAGUUAUCUUGCUAAGACAUUUAAGGGCAUUCCAAAAGCUCUUCUUGAAAAGGUACGUGCGAAACAAGCUGCUAAAGCAUUAGAAAUGAUGACUCGAACUCCAGAUCUAGAUAAAGAAGCGACUCUAUAUUCUAGAUUACCUGAGUUAGCAAAGAUUCUUCGUAGUAUUUUUGUAGCUGAAAAGAAAGGAGUUUUACCUUUAGAACAUGUAUUAACUAAAUUAGAUAAUUCGUUUAGAACUAAACUCACUACAGCUGAAUUAGAGGAACAUGUGCGAAAAUUAUGUAAAUUACUGCCUAUUUGGGCUAGUAUACAUAAUGUGCGAAAAACAGAUUACUUAAAGCUUGCAAAAGAUGUUGAUUUAAAUAAAGUAAUUAAAAUGUUAGAAAUUGUGGCUAACAAUAAAGUUACUACAUCAUGAUGUCAAUAUAAUAACGUAAUUAAUAUAAAAUUCAAUUUUUAUUUGUAUUUAAUUUUUUUUAAUAUAUUUAUGUAAUCUUUUUUAUGGUAUAUUUGCAUGGAUAUGAUAACAAUGAAUUAGCAUUUUGGAAUUGUUAUCUUCUCAUGUAAUUUUACUAUGCAUAGUCAGUAUAUUUUCUGGUAUAUGUCAUGAAUAAAAAUAAUAUAUAAACAUUAAAUUUUUUAAUUUGUGUUAUUGGUUAAAUAUCGUUUAAAGAUUAUGAUACAUCAUAUAUAUGAUGAAAAAUAUUUAUAUAUUUUAAUUUUAUUAUCAUCCAAUUUUUAUAAAAAUUAUUGAUAUAAGGAAUAAUAUUACUAAAAAAAUAUUGAGUUAAAAGAAAAUGAGGAACCUUACUUUUCACAGACUAUGAUUACAUAUUUAUUUACAAUGUUUAUUUUAUGUAACAGCACAUAAUAUAUAACAUUAGGUCAUCAGUUAUAACUACAAAUAGCAUACGACUAGAUUAAAGGAUCAAGAAGUAAAACUGCCACAUCAAAUCUAAAUUUAGAUCCAAUUUAUACAUGCUUAUGAUAUUUAUGACAUUUAAUGACAUUAUGAUUGUAACAAAAAUAGUUAUAAUUACAUUAACUUUAAAAACUUUCAUAAUUUUGCCAAAGUUUGAAUAUUAGUAUAAUAAUACUAGUUAUAUUAUCCAGAUUAUGCUUUACAAAAAAUAACAGAUCUAUACUUUACAACAGAUUCUAUGUUUAUAGCAUGCUUCUUGUAACAUGAAAAUUUAAUAAAAUAUUUAAAUCAUCUGUUUUAGAAACGGGAAAUGUACAAUUUAAGAAUAUUAUUAUUUUCAUAAAAUCAUAAGUCCAUUUCAUAACAUUAUGUCCCAAUUGAACUUUAUUUUAAAGUUCAUUAUUCGUUUUUUCAAAAAUCUAUAAACGAAUCCGAAUGGCUUAUGAUGAAUCAUAAUAGGCACAUUACAUGGAAAUUUUUAUCAAUAAAGGCACUGCCAUGUUUUGCACUAAAGGACUAAUACAUCGGUGCAUUUGUAAUUAUUCAUUAUAUGCAUACACAAACAUAUAUGUAUAUAUAGCAUAUCUAUCUAUUUAUAUUAAAGUCUGCCAAGCAGUCUACAAGGAAUGUUGUACUUCUAUAAUUCAGUCCCAAAAAAUAAAAAGAUAUUGUUUGAAA